CAAGAUCUGGACAUAUGUGAGAUGGAAGUAAUCUACUAAAAUGGCUUUGGUUCUGCAUCUCAAAUAUGCAGAGAAUCUCCGAGGGAAAGCGGACAGAAUUGCCAAAGUAAACUUUAGAGGUACAAGUUAUUACUCCAGAGUUGUAGAGAAUGCAGAAGAAAGUGCUUGGUUUGACCAGGUGUUCGAGCUACCAGUGGCUCGUGCCAUAGAAGCUCAGGAAAUGAUUGAUAUUCAGAUCUUCAACUAUAGCAAAUACCUCAGCAAUAGGUUAAUAGGUUCAUUUGGAAUGGUUCUACAAGAGCUAGUGCAGAUUGGUUCGCUUAAGAUCACAGACUAUAUGCUAGACCCUAAUAAUGUUGUCAUGCAGAGCACUAUCACUUUUGACCUUAAAUACACUGCCCCUGAUGGAUCCGUUGGCAUGUGGCAAAAGGAGGGAUUCGAUUACGAGAACCUGGAAGAUGAGGACCAGUGUGACCUUGACAUUGAUGACCUUGAUGAUGACAAACAAAGCGAGACAGCCUCCCUGAUGUCAUCAAGUCCUGCUAAAUCACAGCACAGUACAAGCAGACUAAGUGUCAAUUCUAGAUCUUCGCUACCAAAGUCGCC